CCUCUAAGCCUUACCCCGGUCGCUCUACCGCCAAUUUUCGCCCGAGAAACGAUAAAGCUAUCGCCCAAUUCGAAGAACCCUGGGGAGCUCUGCUUUUUUUUCCCCUCUCCGUCGUUUUUCGCCACCUCGAGCUGUAACUAGAAGCUCAGAUAUGGUGGCGGAUUGGAAGCGGUUCCACUGCCCUCCAACUCAGCGCUUCCUCUCCCUUGGUGUCAACGGUUCCCGGAAUAAAUGAUUGCAUUCAUUGCCCCCAGCUUGCGUCGCAUGGCCGUUCCCGAAAGCAAGCUUGGUCAGAGUGCUCUUUACUUGCGUCGCGGUGACGCUUCUUCUCACCCUUCAACUGACGACGAAGAAGAAUUCUCCUUCCAAGGCUCUGGUACUGCAUCCCCGGUUUGAUCUCCACGGGACGGUGAGAGUUGAAUCUUUUUUUGUACUCGGGUUGGAGGACGGCAGCCAAUCUGUCAGUGAAAGGAAAGGGAGAAAAAGUCGAGAAUUUGAAUUCCUGUUUACUAGGGCGGAGGCACUGCAGUUAAAAGCAGCCAUUUCAGCCUUUCUUUUGUUCUUUUUUCGAUCUGUUUGAUUUAUUUUUUUUUGGAAGGAAAAAAAGAAAUGUCCUAGGCUUGAGAGAGGACUCGCUUGAUCUGAAUUCUAGAGAGGAAUGGAGGAAGCUAAGCUGGUGGUUUCAGCGACAGCGAUUCUAUUGGUCUGCUCGGCGGCGAUUGUUUCGCGAGGAGCCGCCGAACCGGUGGAGGACAAGCAGGCACUGCUGGAUUUCAUCUCGCGGGUUCCUCCCCGGCGCGCCCUCAACUGGAGCCCCUACACCUCGGUCUGCGACAACUGGCGGGGCGUCGCGUGCAGCGGCGACCGCGCCCGCGUGGUGGCCGUCCGAUUGCCCGGGGUCGGCUUCAACGGCCAGAUCCCGCGCGACACCCUCGGCCGCCUCACGGCGCUCCAGGUCCUGAGCCUCCGCUGCAACGGCCUCUUCGGCCCCAUCCCCGCAGACUUCGCCAACCUCGCCGCCCUCACCGGUCUCCACCUCCAGCUCAACAGAUUCUCCGGCCCCCUGCCGUCGGACCUCUCCGCCUGGAAGAAUCUGACGGUCCUCGAUCUCUCCUUCAACGCCUUCAACGGCUCCAUCCCGGCGUCCCUCUCCAACCUCACCCAGCUUUCCUCCUUGAACCUCUCCAACAACUCCUUCUCCGGCGAGAUCCCCGAUCUCCAACUCCCGAAUCUCCAGCUCUUGAAUCUCUCCAACAACCACCUCAAUGGAAGCAUCCCUAAAUCUCUCCAGACAUUCCCGAAUUCCUCUUUCUCCGGCAACCAUCUCUCCCCGAUUUCUGCCUCGACCCCGCCGCCGUUGCCCCUUCGCUCCCCUUCCCCUUCCCCUGCGCCGCCGCUUCCGAGAACGAAAGCUGUCCACAGGCUCGGCGAGUCGACGAUUCUUGCAAUUAUCAUCGGCGGCUGUGCUGUAAUUUUUGCGGUGAUGGCGUUGUUUCUCUUCCUCUGUCGCUCGAACAGGGAUGCUGAUGGCGUGGUCUCCGGGAAGGGAUCCAAAGGGUUUCGGUCGCCGGAGAAGGCCAUGGCCGGAAACCAGGACGAGAUCAACCGGCUGGUGUUCUUUGAGGGGUGCACGUUUGCUUUCGACCUGGAGGAUCUGCUGAGGGCUUCGGCGGAGGUGUUGGGGAAGGGGACGUUCGGGACGGCGUACAAGGCGGUUUUGGAGGACGCGACGACGGUGGUGGUGAAGAGGCUGAAGGAGGUCGGGUUCGGGAAGAAGGAGUUCGAGCAGCAGAUGGAGGUGGUCGGGAGCAUCAAGCACGAGAACGUGGUGGACCUGCGGGCGUAUUACUAUUCCAAGGAUGAGAAGCUCGUGGUGUAUGAUUACUUCAGCCACGGCAGUGUGGCUUCUUUGUUACAUGGAAAAAGAGGGGAAGACAGGACACCUCUAGAUUGGGAAACUAGAUUAAAGAUAGCCAUUGGUGCCGCAAGAGGAAUUGCACGCAUCCACACUGAGAACAACGGCAAACUUGUUCAUGGGAACAUAAAAUCAUCCAACGUCUUCCUCAACAGCCAGCAAUAUGGCUGUGUCUCUGACCUUGGGCUGACGUCCUUGAUGAACCCAAUGAUUCCUCCUGUGUCCCGGACUGCAGGAUAUCGUGCACCAGAGGUGGUCGACCUGCGAAAAGCGACACAAGCUUCAGAUGUUUACAGUUUUGGUGUGCUCGUGCUGGAACUUCUCACAGGGAAGUCCCCCAUCCAAAUAAAAGGUGGGGGUGAUGAGGUGGUCCACCUAGUACGGUGGGUUCAUUCCGUGGUCCGUGAGGAGUGGACUGCAGAAGUGUUUGAUGUGGAGCUGAUGAGGUAUCCAAAUAUAGAGGAGGAGAUGGUGGAGAUGCUUCAGAUUGCAAUGACUUGUGCUGCUCGGAUGCCGGAUCAAAGGCCCAGGAUGACAGAGGUAGUCAGGAUGCUUGAGGAUGUCAGAAGGUUCGAUACUGGGAACCGGCCCUCAUCAGAGGCCUCAACACCGCCAAAGGUACAGGCUGUAGCAGAAACUCUGGCCAACCCACAGUGAGGCCCUUAUUGUUUCGACAGCAUGCGGUCUUAUUUUGAUAUAUGUCCUUCCAUGCUUGCACCAUGGCUGGAUUAGUAGAAAGGCAUCAUUGUGUGUUGUAGCAUCUGUUCUAACUUUUCUUUCCUCAAUCUUGAUGCUUGUUCAGGAUUAACUCAAUGCAGUGAACGUUGUAGUUUUUAGGGUUCAUUGAAGAUGAGGGUCGUGCCUUGAUCGGAGAUGGGUCUGGUAGUAAGUCGCAUAGCCCUGCAAAUGUCUUUUGGUCCUUGGUUACAGAAGUAUCAGAAUGCUUCCCUCAAUGUAAAGGUUACCCUUGUAGUCGUACGAAAGGGCUAGUUUAAGAGUGCAGACUGAAUUCAAAUGACAUUUGUCUUUGCCUA